AAUAAGCCCGGUAAAACCCUCGUCUUUGCUUCAUCCUUCUCCCAUGGCGACUCAGCUCUUCUCUCGUUCUCUCCCUAAAACCCUAAUUUUGGCUUCUAUGUUCUCUCGUUCCUUUCUCACUGCCACCGGAGCCGCCAUCUCCGCCUCCUCUCACUCCUCUUUCUCCUUUCUGCGUCGCCUCCGACCCCUCGCUGCUAUAGUCGCCGCUGAUUUCCGCUGUCUCUCUGCAGCUCCGAGCGUGAGGGAGUUCGCUACCCGUGCCGCUUCUUCAUCUCUCAAUGAUCCGAAUCCUAACUGGUCUAAUCGCCCACCCAAGGAGACCAUAUUGCUUGAUGGCUGUGAUUUUGAACACUGGCUCGUUGUCAUGGAAAAGCCAGAGGAGAAUCUCACGAGGGAUGAGAUUAUCGACAGCUAUAUCAAAACGCUUGCCAUGGUUGUCGGAAGUGAGGAAGAAGCUAGGAUGAAAAUAUACUCUGUUUCAACUAGAUGCUACUUUGCAUUUGGGUGUCUUGUUUCUGAAGAACUUUCUUACAAAAUCAAAGAGCUGCCUAAGGUUCGUUGGGUCCUUCCUGAUUCAUACUUGGACGUUAAGAAUAAAGAUUAUGGAGGGGAGCCUUUUAUAAAUGGACAAGCUGUUCCGUAUGACCCGAAGUACCAUGAGGAAUGGAUUAAAAACAAUGCUAGAGCAAAUGAGAGGAAUAAGCGCAAUGAUAGGUCUCGCAAUUUUGAUAGGUCAAGAAACUUUGAGAGGAGGAGGGAAAAUAUGCAAAAUAGAGAAUUUCCAAAUGCUUCAGCGAAUAAACUUACUGGACCGAGCAUGAGUCCACCAGCUCCAAGUAGUAUGCCACCCAACAACUUUAGUCCCAGCAUGCCUCCUCAAAACCAUGCUAGAAUGCCCGAAGGUAACUAUCUGGGAGGACCACCACCUCCGAACAAUUUUAAUAUACCGCCGCCGCCGCACAACUUCAAUGGACCACCACCCCCACCGAACAACUUUAACGGACCGCCACCACCACCACCUCACAACUUUAACGGGCCACCACCACCACCAAACAACUUUAAUGGACUACCACCACCACCACCGAACAACUUUAAUAGAGCACCUCCACCAGCACCGAACAACUUUAAUGGACCACCACCAAACAACUUUAACGGACCACCAUCAUACAACUAUGCACCACCAUCACCAAACCCUGGGGAAGCACCACCGCACAACUAUGAGGGGCUGCAGCCAAACAGCCAUUGGGGAGCAUCACAGCCAAACAACUAUGGUGGACCUUCAAACUCUGGCAGGCCAUGGACACAGAACAGCUAUGGAGGGAUGCAACCUAAUGCUGGUGAAUGGUCUAAUAAUGUGCAUAACAAUCAACAAGAAUAGUCCUCAACUGGUCUGGGAAGUCUCAAACUUGCAUAAUUCGUUAGUUGGUUGGAUUUACUUGCUGCUUGGUUCAAACCUCAAAUCCUACUAGUCAUUGGUCACUGAGUAUUCGUUCUGGUGCUAUAGACGAUGAGUUUAGUUUUGCUUUUUGAGUAGGCUUAUGCUCAAAACCUGUCAGGUGUUCUAAAUGCAUGUACAAAAUCAAAAAUAUUCAUGAGAUGAUGUAAUAUUCAUAAUGUUAUCUUUGUUCUGAAGUGGAAAUAUUAUUCUCUUUUGGCCAUAUAUUUUUUCAAGCUUGCAGCAAUGUUCCUUGUAUUUAGGCUUAUUCAGUGAAUUUUUUGAUGACUAAUUUUAGCCUUGCAUUUAUAUACGCAGCAUGGGAAAGCGUAUAUUUGAUAUAUGAUCAAAUCAAGUGAAUAUGCAAACAGUUUAUGACAUUACAAUACAGUCCACAGUCUACUAGUGUGUAGAUUUCAUUUAUUCAAUGGACUUCUUGUUCUCCAAAUUUCUAGAUUUAGCUUAGCUAUGAAUGGUCAUGGAUUAAAAGUUUCAAUUGUUCAUCAGCUGUGCUACAUUCUGCAGGGAAAACUAGUGAAGAAGGAUUUCAAUAUUAUGGAAGCAGCUGGGUGUGUUGGUAAGAACUUCAUAAUGGAAGCUAAAAAUGUUCUCGUCAAUGGCUGUACCCUUGAGAUUCAUCUAUAUUGGGCUGGUAAAGGAACCACAGCUGUGCCAGAGGGAGGAGUUUAU